CGGAAGCUCUCUUCUUUCGAAAUUGGGCGUGUAGAACAACGUUCACAGAAAAAGAAAUAGCUUUUUCAUACACUGGAUUAAAAAACGUACAACUAUACACAGAUCAACAUUCACCUUCCACGGGAAAGAAAAUAAGAUAUUCUGCGACAGGAUCCUGCAUGAUCGGCGUGCUGUGCAGCGAUGGCGUUGGAGGAAGGCGCGCGGAGCUGUCUGCUGCGCUCUCGGCACAGACUGGAGCAGGACAUCAUGCCCUCCUACCUGAUGGACCACAUGGUCAGUGACGGUGUGCUGACUGUGGACGAGGAGGAGAGGAUCAGGACCCAGCUCACCAGGAAGGAUCAGGCUGUGGCGCUGCUGGAGCUGCUGCUCAGGAAGGACAACCGUGCCUACAUCUCCUUCUACAAUGCAAUGAUCAAGGAGGCAUACAAUGAUUUGGCCAAUCUCCUUCAUCAUGACCUACCCCGCCCAGUACCCGAGGCACAUAUGCGCUCCUCUGAUUACUGCACACCUUAUGUCCAGACGGUGCUCAGUGAAGGCGGUGUACCGCAGAGGCCCGUGGUGUUCGUCAGCAGACCGGAGCUCUUGAACCGCGUCAGGGAGAAACUCUACCGGCUGCAGAAGGAGCCUGGCUGGGUCACCAUCUUCGGCAUGGCUGGCUCGGGCAAAUCCGUCCUGGCUGCCGAGGCUGUCAGACACCAUGGAAUCAUCGAAGAUUGUUUUCCCGGCGGAGUCCACUGGCUGUCCAUCGGCCAGCUGGACAAACCUGACUUGCUGGUGAAGAUCCAGUCAUUGUGUUUCCGUCUGGAGCAGAGCCUUGAAUCACAGUCCCUCCACCGGCCCCCCAACUCUCUGGACGAGGCCAAGGAGCGUCUGCGCUUCCUCAUGCUGCGCAGAUAUCCAAGAUCUCUGCUGAUUCUAGAUGACAUCUGGGACAGCACAGUGCUAAAGGCGUUUGAUAUCCACUGUCGGAUACUUUUGACCACCAGAAACAGAAGCCUUGCUGACUCUGUUAGUGGAGCCAGAUACGAGUUGGAAGUGGCGAGUGGUCUGGAUGAAGGCAAGGGUCUGGAGAUCCUUGCUCUGUACACUAACACCAAAGUCAAAGGACUUCCCGAGGAGGCUCGCAGCAUUGUCAGAGAAUGCAAAGGUUCCCCACUGGUGAUGUCCCUGAUUGGGGCUCUACUUAAAGAGAAACCCGACCGUUGGCUUUACUACCUCCGCCAGUUGAAGCAGAAGCAGUUCAAGCGUAUACGGAAGUCAUCGUCUUACGACUACGACGCCCUCGACCAAGCCAUGGCAGCGAGCAUUGAAGUCCUACCCGACGAACAUCAAGAACUCUACAAGGACCUCACUGUGCUCGAGAAGGACAUCAAAGUCCCUGCAAAGGUGCUGUCUGUUCUGUGGGACCUGGAGCCGGAGGAGGUGGAGGACAUUCUCGAGGAAUUUGUCAACAAGUCUCUGCUUUUUGUGGACAGUAACAAUAAACCCUACCUGUACUACCUCCAUGACCUCCAGCUGGACUUCCUGGUGGAGCAGAAUCGCACCCAGCUCAAGAGCCUCCACAAUAAUGUGGUGCAGCAGUACCAGCAGCACUACAGAGAUGGUCCUCCCACCUCAGGAGAUGAGGAAUGUCUCUACUGGAUCAGAUUUCUGACCUACCACAUGGCCAAAGCCAACCUCUUCCAGGAGCUCUACUCGCUCCUGUUUUCUCUGGACUGGGUCAGGACCAAGGCCCAGUUGAUGGGUCCGGCUUACCUCAUCAAUGACUAUGUGGAGUAUGGACCCAUUCUGGACAAAGAGAACUGUGAUGUGCGGAGUCAAUUCCAGGAGUUUCUCUCUCUCAACGGCCACCAGCUGGAGCAGCGUCCUUUCCCAGACGUGGUGCAGCUGGCUCUGUCUCAGCCGCAUACAUCCGAAGUCUACCGACAGGCUCUGCUGCAAGCACAGGACCGCGCCAGCAUGGGGAAACUCUACUUUGAAUGGCUGAAUAAGAGCAGCGUCGAGAGUCUGUCCCGUCUGGUGAUCCACCCCCACCAGGGCUCCAUCUCCUCCGCCUGCUUCUCCCAAGACGGAGCCAAGAUCGCCUCCUGUGGGGCCUGCAAGACACUGAAGGUGUUUAAAAGCACCUCAGGUGAGAAGCUCACAGAGAUCCAGGCACAUGACGACGAGGUGCUCUGCUGUGCCUUCUCCCCCGAUGGCUGUCAGCUCGCAACCUGCUCCAGCGACAGGAAAGUCAAGGUGUGGAACGUGGAGAGAGCCAUGCUGCUCAGGGUCUUUGAGGAGGAGCAUGAGGAGCAGGUCAACCACUGUGAGUUCACCAACACAAAGAAGCGCCUCCUGCUGGCCACCUGCUCCAACGACAAGUUCCUGAAUGUCAAGCUGUGGAACCUCAACAAACCAUCCUCCCAGAACACCAUGUUUGGCCACUUUGAGCCGGUCAACCACUGCUGUUUCUCCCCCAAUGACAGCUAUGUGUCCACGUCCUCCAACGACGGUACCGUUAAGCUGUUCCAGGUGUCGUCUGCCAAUGAGUGGAAGACGAUCAACGUGAGAGACAUGUUUGCGGAGAGUGAUGAAGAUGUCCUCGUCAAGUGCAGCACUUGGACUGCUGACGGCAAACGCAUCAUAUGCGCAGCCAGGAAUGCUGCUCUGGUGUUUGACGUGGAGACAUUGGACAUGUUGAUGGAGAUCAGGACGAAUCGUCUGAGCACGGUGCAAUACUGUCACGCCUGUCCUACCAGUAACCUGCUGGCGAUUGCGUUCUCAAACUACGCUGUGGAGCUGUGGGACUUGGAGGCCAAUAAGAAGAUGGCUGACUGCAGCGGUCACCUGAGUUGGGUGCAGCGGGUCCAGUUCUCUCCUGACGGCUCACAGCUGCUCUCCUGCUCUGACGACCAGACUGUCAGGUUAUGGGAGACUAAGAAGGUGCACACCUCCUCAGCUGUCUGCCUGAAAAGAGACUCUGACGUUCUCUUCAAUGAUGAAGGAAUCACAGUGUCAGCUGCAGACAACUGCAACCGACUGCAGGUACGUGAUGGCAGGACGGGAUCAGUGCUGUUCCAGUCGGAGGAGAAGCCGUCCAGGAUCCGGUGCACGUGUAUGAGCACACAGCCCUCUGCUGUGGCCCUGGGCCAGGACGAUGGCACCGUACAGGUGUUGGAGGUGCCCUCUGGGAAGCUCCUGGCCACCCUGCUGGGACACACCAAGACGGUGCUGCACUGCCUGUUCACCCAGAACGGCCAAACACUUAUCACGUCCUCCGAGGACACCACCAUAAGGGUGUGGCGCUGGCAGUCUGGCGAGUGUAAAGUCCUGCAGGGUCACAAGGAACAGGUCAGAUGCUUCUCUCUGCUCUCCACUGACACAAGACUGCUGUCCUGGUCCUUCGAUGGUACCGUCAAGAUGUGGGACCUAGAAAGUGGAGAGAAGCUGCAGGACAUCGAGGCUCACCGGGGAGCCGUCCUGUCCUGUCACGUCUCGCCAGACGGAUGCCUCUUCGCCACCACCUCUGCUGACAAGACUGCUAAGUUGUGGCACUGUGAGUCCUGGCAGUGUGUCCACACACUGGGUGGCCACCAAGACUGUGUCCGAAGCUGCCGAUUCUCCUGGGACAACCGACGCCUCGCAACAGGAGAUGACAAUGGAGAGAUUCGGCUCUGGAGUGUCAAGGACGGCUCUUUGCUGAGGAUUUGUUCCCGUGACGGUAAAGACGGCAUGGACUCGCUCCACGGAGGCUGGGUGACCGACCUGCACUUCUCCCCAGACAACUCUCUUCUGGUGUCGACUGGCGGCUACAUCAAGGUAUGUUCACACAGACUAUCGGACUCGUAUGGAUACUCAAAGUCACAGGGAAGAAGAAGAUGUAGUUCGGUCGGUAGAAAUGAGUCGUUUCUAUAUUGUACUAUAAUCACUAUUUGAUUUAAUGCCUUCAUUAAAUAAUCAACAGUGGAGCAGAAAAUGAGGGACAAAAGGGAGGCGGGGAAUAAAAUGUAAAAAAGGCCUCCAGCCGGACUUCAAACAGGGAUGUUUUAACAAUGACCUCUUGGACUGUAUUGUAUCCACUGCAUCAGCAUGUAAGUAAUAUAUUAUGCAACAGACGAGCACUUGGCACCUAAAUGCACUGUUCCUCUUCCUGCCCACGCUCAAACGCUUUUUGUUUUUCAACAAUAUACCAUUGUGUAUGUGAGAUGUGUCUCAGUAAAAAACAAUGCACAAAUGCCACCAACAUGCACCAGUGUUACAGUAACCAGAGGAGCAUUGCAGUGGUGCAGGUUUACAUAAAAACACUCAAUACCCGAGGGAGGUGUGUGUGUGUGUGUGUGUGUGUGUGUGUGUGUGUGUGUGUGUGUGUUAUUACCUUCACUUUUACAGGAGAUGGGUUCACAGAGCGGACAGUCUCAGCUGUGCUCUGAUUGGCUAUUUGCCGGGCAAUGAUGUAAUCCUCAAGGGAGAGCGGUUCUGAUCGAUGAGGCUUUAUACCUCAGAUUACUUCUGAUUCUGUGUGUGGGGUGGUUUUGUGUGCGCGAACAUGUGCAUGCGCGCCUUUGUUUGUACCUGCUUGUGUGGGUCGACUGAUAUGUUACUGUUGAAGGCAGUAGUUGCAGCAAAAACACAUCGUAAUCUCGUCACAAAGCCUAAAAAUUAGCUCGUACUUAAUGAGAAACUCGUGUAAUUCUUUCACUUAAUACCGUUUCUUUUAAUAUAUAUUUUAAGGUGUUCCAAUUUUCUGAAAACCCAUUAUUUUUCUCUGAAGGUACACACAGCACAUGCAGUUUAAAGGGCAGAGAAUAAAGUCCUCAGGAGGCUAUUAAAAAGAAAGAUGAGGCGCUAGAAAGGACACCAGACACCGUAGCGUGACAUCACAUGUGAGAAAAGAGACUUAAAGGUUUGAAUUUACUGCCUUUAUAGCAGGAAAGAGCACAAGGUCGCACUUGAAUCGAUGUGCAGCACACAAGAAACGGAGGAUGUAGAUAAAUAGAGGCCACUUUUGGCUGAGUUCCAGACUGUCCACUAAUAUGGCUGUCCAAAAAUGUUAUGAUAAUUUAUGUCCAUCGCUGUGUAUAUGCAUUAUAUCUUGAUAUAGAUUACAUCAAUAUGUCUGCUGAGUUCAAAUAGUCCCUGUAGCUUAAAGCAUUACUUCUAUAUUUUGGGAAAUAUGCUUUUUUUGCUUUCUUGCUGAGAGUAAGAUGGGAAAAUGUGAGAUCACUCCAUUACAUCUGUGCGCUAAAUAUGAAGCUCAAGCCAGCAGGCGAUUAGCUUAACUUAGCUUAGCGCUAAGACUGGAAGCAGGGGGGAACAGCUUGUCUGUGUCUGUCCAGCGUUUUUAUAUUAGAUAUAUAUUUAAGUAAGUAAAAUAAUGAUAACGUAAGAAGCCUGUUUUACCUGGAAACCAAACAGUCUGGUCCACUGAUAUACCCUUUGAUUUGUUUAUAUCUUAGUAAACUUAACAUUUAUUUCAUAUAUUCAAAUGAACAGACGGGGCUGCCGUGUUUGAUGCACUAAUACAGUGUUCAUCCUCUUCUUUUUUUUUUUUUUUUUUUUUUCUGUUACAUCACUAUGACAGUCAUCAUUAUUCUGGGAUUUGGCUAACGAAUCACUCCAUUACUCUAUUUCCUGCUCUCUCUCGCUCUCUCUCUCUCUCUGUUGUGUUGACUUGAUGGAUCAGCGUCGCGAGCUUUGAUUGAUUAAUCGCACUGCGUGUCGGCCGGACAGCUAUGAGAGGCCAUCCAGUCUGUCAUAGUAAUUACCCUGACAGAGUGUGUACCUCUUAUGACAGAUGAUAUAGACCGCAGAGUGAGGAAGCAUGAUAAUAAUCUGUGUUAAUGAUUACUGCCAAGGCGUAUAUCUCCGUGCUCGCCUGUUUUAAAUCAUAGCGUUUAAACAGACUUGUGAGUAUGUUGAUAUAAAAAAAAAAAUCCUCUUUCAUCCCAUCGCUGGUCCAUGUUUCUGAGUUCUAGAUAUGACAAUGAAAAGGGAAGGGUGUACCUACAUGAAUAUGAAGCAAGAACACCAGUGUGCUCGGAUAAAAUAUUUACCGACGUCUAAAUAAAUCACGGGAUGUUGUAAUUAUUUUUCUGUCGGUCUUGGCAAUCGUCUGAAUGUCGUCAUGAGGGUAUUUGGUUUGUAUUCAUCCUCAGCUGGUGUAAGGCAGAGAUUUAAUUAUGGAGGAUCAGUGGGAUUGUAUUAAAUGUGCAUUUGGAUCAUAGAUGCAGACUGAUUGAUAUUAAAGUUUGUCUUGGAUCCUAUAAAAGCUCUGAACAAUGGCUUUGCUUCAUGGCAACAACUUUUUCUGUUCUACUUAGGAAGUAGAAGUUUGAAAUCAAUUUUCACCACAUAAUAAUAUAAUAAUAAGCCAUGUUGAAAAUAAACAUAAAGCAUCUUUAUUAUAUUAACAAAGUUAGUUGAACAAUAUUGAAAUCACCAUGAAAAUGACUUAUCUAUUUGUUUUCCUUCAGUGUUAAGGAACAGCACCAAACUGCUAAAAGCUGCAGUAAUCCAUAUGUUUAGAUUAACAGUGGUUAAAAGACUUUUAUUGUGAAAAUAUUUCUUGUAGUGCGGAACCCACAGAGAAUGAUUAUCCCACUCUGCAGGUCCCCUCAGCUCAACGGAGCGUUUUAGCGUCUUUCAGCUCAUUUGUUGCUUUUACGGCCUUAUCUUUGUCCUCGUUCCGCUCUCGUCAGCAUCAGUUUCUGAUUUUCAGUGGAGGAAGUUCUAAAACCCAACUGUACGCUACCAGCCCAGCACCAGCAGCAAUCAUGGACACAGUUGGCAACUAUACUGGUAAAGAUUGCUGAGCAUUUAGCAGCUAAAGAAUCAGACGGAGUCAGUGGAUUCAACUCUUGUUGGAUGAUCGAAUGUCAUGGACCAUUUUUAAUGCGACUAUAUUCCUGAAGAGAACUCUUGUAAAUGUGUACGAAAUGAGCAGAACAUGACAGAGAAGGCAUGUUUUUUUGUUUUUUUGUUUGUUUGUUAUCGUGACGUGAUUCAGUGGAGAGUUUUCAGCUCGCAGCUCUAAACAUCAGAAGCUCUUCUACACAAUGAGUCAGUGUGUUGCGGCUGCUGAACAGAACGGUGUUGUUAUUGGUCUCAAAAGAGCAGGAGAAGUGACGGCGGGUGAUGUCUCCCAUGGUUCUCUCAGUUGAUGGGUUGAUAUGAUGCAACGUGAGGCUCCAUGCGUAGACGUGAUGUGUGUUUUGUUUUUGUUUGUCCCUGUGGUUUUUGUUACUCGUCUCUGUCAGUACUACUGCCUUAAUCAUCUCUCAAGCUCCUUUUUUUUUUUUUUUUUUUUUUAAUCGCUUCGUGUCUGCCUCUCUUGUUGUCUCUGUUUCAUCACUGCCUCCCUCUGUAUGGUCGGGUGAAUGGUGCGAGUGUAAUUAAAAGCAGCGGGCUAUACGUGCUUGUCCAAUCCCCUGUUGGGUGGAGGUACCUGUGUAGAGUGUUUAAUUAAACAUUACUUACGCCUUUUAUCACCGAUUCUUCACUUCACAUGAUACAAACCAUGACAUAUGGGCUUGUGGUGGUGCAUUUGGUUGUCAAAUUAUAAGCUUACAUGCCUGCGAGCGGAUAAGUGUGUGUGUGUAAGUUUCUGUGUGUGUCAGGGUGUGAUGAAGUGAUGCCAUCCAGCCCUCUGAGAGAGGCUGUUACAUCGCACACUGACUCCCAUCAGUCCUCCUCCCUUCUGCUCCGGGUCGUGCCAGGAAAGGCUGUACCUGUCUCACACCUGGCCUCGACGCAAACACACUCUCCGAAAAGGCUACGAGACGAGCUGUCACAGUGCCAUGAUCCGAGAGGGAGGCGGCUGGUGUGAAAAGGCUCACCCUGACCGCACACACACACACACACACACUCAGGCCCAGCAGCCCAGAGUAAUUCACACCAAGUCGUCAUGUUGCAAACAAACCGGCAAUAUGCUGUAGAUGUUGACACGGAGCUUUCAAACUGCCUAUUUUUACAUUAGGAACAGUUUCUCAGGGGCAAAAAAGUGUUUUUACUGAGUGAACAGAGACAUAAAAGUCCUCCUGUUUCAGUUUGAAUGGAGUGAAUGAUGCAACCAUCAUACCCUGAAUGAUUUUUUAUUUUUUUUUUUUAGAGGUCUAAAAUCUAGGAGAGGAAUCCUUGUUAGUGCAUAUGAAUCCCUGUAUGCUGUUCAUACGGCACGUUACCUCUGAUAACGCCGUCUCCACCCAAGGCGUUGUUGCAGAAGCAUAAUCCAUUCGGUUUGUUAAUAAUCUGUUGAUAUUACAGCAACUUCUCUCCUUGGCUGUUGGAAAACUUGCAAUCUCAAGUCAUCAAAGUAUUUUGUCACUUCAAUAUCAAAAUGACACCUUCUUCAGUGAUGACAGGUUUCUAGCAAAGACGUGAGAUUGAGAGGAAGCCUUAUUUUAGUCAGCCACAACUUAAAAAUGUGUGAUACCACUGACUGUACCUGGCCUCCCAAGGGUUGUUGCUUUGGAAAUAUAAUUAUAUUAUUUUCACUUCAGUACUGUUGGCAGCAAUGUGCAUCAAGACAGCAGCAUACUUGGUGUGCUAGUAGAGCACAAGAUAUGAAAAAAGAGGGACAUUGCUCAUCAAAACAUUGCUCCACGGAGCCACUAAUGGUCAAAAACACAUAUAACUAAAAGACCAAAAGGGAAACCAUGUUGAAACCUGAGCUAUAGAUUCAUCAAUGGCGUCCAACCCAGUGAAGAACAUGUCAACUCUUAACUGGAACAGGACGGAAGCAACUC